CUCUGCUCAUGAUCCAUCAUGGAAGAGCCAAUAGUCGACGCUGAUGAUAAUCAUCCGCAUCGUAGACGUAGACGGGGGAAGGGAAAGGGUAAAGAUAUCAGUUCUUCUGGUAUAGCUCCCGUUCCACCCUCCACUUCGGUUGAGGAAGAGCUGGAUCAACCCCAAGCGGGAUCGUCCAAGCUGCCUCUGACUUCAGAUCAGGAAGUAUCCUCGUUGGGAGCACCUGGUAAGGUAGUAACAAAAAGAAAGAAGUCAAAAGAUCGACACAAACUGGGGGGUGAAAAUUUUCCGGGUGAUCCAAAAUUUGCUGAAUGGGAAUGUAUCCCCAUCGCUCGUAACGACGUCUCAUCUGUCCCUCCCAUAUGGUCAAAAGAUGGCAAAUUCUUUCACGUAGUAUCUGGGACUUCAAUACAUAUUCACUCUUACUCAGCACCACACUUUCCUCGACUCUCGACUCUCUCAAGUACUGUUCGUGAUGGUCAUCAAAAGCCUAUCACAGCACUCAUUCUUUCCCCCAUAAACCCGUUUCAACUCAUCACCGCUUCCUUAGACGGAACCGUAAAAAUUUGGGAUUGGGUCGAAGGGAGGCUCGUGCGCACUAUCCCUGUCGUCCAAGAUGGGGGCGUACAUCAAUUAUGUGCCGGUCAGGUUGGCGGGUCUUGGUGGUUGUUUCUCACGACGUCCACACGAAAAGCCAGUUCUAAACAACAAAACGGAGGGCUAAACUACCACAUACACCGAAUCCUUCUGUCUCCAACCACGAAGGAAAAGACCAACAUUUCCAUCGUUUCCAAAUUGUCAAAAGCGCCAGUGGCACUUUUCAUCUCCCCCCGUAACACCUAUCUCGUCGCAUUAGCUGCUAACAAGGCGUACACUUUUCGAUUACCAUCCAAUCCGUCUCAAACGAAAGAUUGGAAUAUGACGCAAGUCAAAUUUGUGUCCAAUCAAAAUUUCACAUGUGGUGCCUUUGCCCCUGAAAGUCUCCUCAAUAAAGAAAAGGGUGAAGAAUGGUUCGCCACGGGUGACGACCACGGUCUUAUUCGUCUUUGGCAUGGCUUAGACGAAGCGUUUCGGCAACUGAAUGUUGCAGCCAGGUCCGACGCCACACCGGACUCUCUCUCCCAAACAGACAAGCGCCUUCCAACGACGUCAUUGCAUUGGCAUGCCCAUGCGGUGUCAGCGAUCGCUUUCACGGGGACUGGAGCGCAGCUGUUGUCUGUGGGCGAGGAGAGCGUCUUAGUUCAGUGGCAUCUUGCCUCCGGCAGACGGGAGUUUGUGCCUCGCUUGGGUGGGAAGCCUAUUGUCAGUCUUAGCGUCAGACCGGGGACAAGGGGGCAUGAAGAGGAAUGGUGGGUGACAAUGUUGGAUGGCAGCACCGUCAGAGUGGGCUCCGCCUCGGGUAAUAUCAAUAAUGUUGGGUCAGCUAUCAAAAUAGAUCCCUUACAUCCACCCUCAAAUCCUGGUCGAUAUCCCCUGGCUGUUCACCCAGCUAAUGGCGCCGUUGUCCUCCCUUCUUCUCACCCAUCCACUUUGCAAUUCAUCGAUCCUGCUACGUCCGUGGUGUCCUUCGAUCUCGAGGUGGCUCCGUCAAAUCGCGUAUCCAAAAGAGACGAAACUCCUCUUGAUCCCGUGGCCGUGGAGCAUGUCGUUUUCUCCCCCGCUUUAGAUGGCCGGUCUAAAUGGAUGACUACUGUUGAAGGGCGAAGAGGAAACGAUGACGAAGGGGGCAUGGUCAAAACUCUCAAAUUUUGGCAGUGGACGGGAGAGAAGUACGUACUCAACACAAUAUUUCCCCGUCCGCACGGGACGAGUGAUGUGUCGUCUUUGUGUUUCUCAUCAGUGACGAAAGCCCAAGUGGUAGCGGGACAGAUGCCGCUACUGGUGACGACCAGCGUGGAUGGAGAGGCGAAGGUAUGGCAUGCUCGUCAGGCUAGGAAAAGCGAGCAAGUCUAUUGGUCUCUGCGUUCGACGUUCUCAUAUCGGUCAAUGCCAAUCUACUCCGCCUCCGUCUCAGCCGACUCGACCAUCCUCGCACUUGCUCACGGACCUCUAGUCACACUAUGGGACCUCUUCAGUAACGUUCUUCUUAGAGUGCUCGACAGCGGUGCUUUCGGUGAAAGUCAACGAGUGGGCUUUGCGGGACCUGAAAGUCGUUAUCUCGUCUGCGCUGGUGCUACUCAAGGUUUGGCAGUGUGGGAUCUGCUGAUCUGCGAGACACUCUGGUCAGCUCCGACCAAAGCUCUAAAUCACCUCUUUACAUCAACAUCAUCCUCAGAUUUUCAAAUACUUUCUCAACCUGGAAGUAAACGAACCCUCAUCACAUCCUUUUCUCCAACAACACCCCGACCUCUCAGCACGACCUCCAUCUCACAGACGUUCUCCGCCGUCUGUCAAUCGCGAAACUCUGGCUUCAUCGGAAUUUCGUCAAAUAGUACAAUCUAUCAAUUCGGUCCGUCCAUUUCUGCUAAGACGCAAGCGUCCCAGGUCCGUGCGGUCCAGCCGACGUCAGAGAAGAAAUUAUCGAUAUGGCAAGAGAUGUUCGGAAAAGCUGCUUUCUUUGACGACUUAACAGUUUCCGAACUAGAAAGAGGCACUUCUCAGACAGCGACGACACAGGCGUCAGGCUCACGUAUGGAUAUCUGGGAAGGCCCAAGUCAUACGCUUCCACCUACAGGUAUGCUCUUCGAUGCGUUCAUGGAUAAAUUUCUGUCCUCUCGGCCUGUGGAAGAAGACACCCGCGACGAGAUAGAUGUGAGACGUGAUGCGAUCUCAUAUGACGUACCAAUGGACGAGACAUCUGAUCUGGUCUUACCCACCGUCUCCUCCCAAGGUAGGAUUCCGGAGAAAGGGGAGAUGGAAGAAUUGCAAGAGUUAUUCAGAAGUUUUGUGAUCAAGCCUGUUGGUACACCCGAUAAACGUGUGAACGGUAAAGUCAACGGCAAACCGAAUGGUCACACCAAUCAUGUCAACCUUCUUUCACCACCGUCAAGUUCUCUACUUGUCAGUUCAAACGAUGAGGACACUCGAGUGGAUCCUAUUCCCAUCACACCCGAUACCACAUUUUCAACGACAAACGGUCUUGUGUCAGAUGACGAGAGAGUGUUGACUGCUGGGAAGAUGAAGGGAAGGGGGAAGAAACGUAGAGCGCCGAGGGAAGAUGAUUAGGAUAUGAAAUUUCUUGAUAUUCAGCUUGGAGAUGAUAAGGGUACAGAGAGAGAGAUAUAGCAUAGCAUAGCAUUGAAAUGCAUGUGACGUGUGCAUCGCUUUG